AUGGGUAGUCUUCAUCUCACUUGCCUGCUCUUGUGGUGCGGCUAUUUAUACCCUCUUGUCGCACUCGCCGCCUCCCUCGACGCUGCCCAGCUCGCCCCCAGCGACGACGCGACCGGCGAGAUGCGCAUUGCCCACCUCCAGACCCUGCUGGCCAUGACCCCGGCCGCUCUAGCCAAUUGGCCAGAGGCCGAGGGCAAGGCUAUCAAAUACUCAUCUGUCCCUGGGUAUUUCCUGCAGGACGACCCUGCCACCGAUGCGUCCAAGUUUGACUAUGCGGAACACAACCUCGGUCUCAUUGACAGAUCGUAUUCUACCGACAAGAACUACAACUCUGAUGGAUCCAAGACGCAGUGGCAACGCUUCGCUCGCUGGGUCAGCUAUCUCAAUAAAAGCUGCCGAAAAGACAGCACCGUGAGGUACAAGGUCCUCGUCAUGGGCCGCCACGGCCAGGGCUACCACAACGCUGCCGAAAGCUACUACGGAACCCCUGCCUGGAACUGCUACUGGGCUGAGCUGGACGGCAACGGCACCUCGGUCUGGGCUGACCCGCAGCUCACCCCUCAGGGCAUCACCGAGGCCGCCAAGGCCAGUGCCUUCUACCGCACGCGCUACGAGGAGCUCGGCAUGCCCUACUUCGAGUCCUACUACAGUUCGCCGCUCACGCGCUGCAUCCAGACCGCCCAUCGCACCUUUGCCAACCUCUCGCUGCCCGCCACCGCCGCCCCCUUCGCGCCUGUCAUCAAGGAGCUGUUCCGCGAGUCCGUGUCCAUCCACACCUGCGACCGCCGCUCCAGCAAGACGCACAUCCGCGGCAUCGCCCCGCAGUGCACCUUCGAGGACGGCUUCACCGAGGAGGACGAGCUGUGGCGCGGCACGGAGGGCGAGACGAGCGCUGGCCAGAAGGCGCGCAACAAGGUGGUCCUCGACGACGUGUUUACGCAUGAUGCGAACACGUGGAUCAGCAUCACCAGCCACUCGGGCGAGAUUGCCAGUCUGUUGGACGUCUUGGGCCAUAGAAAGUUUGGCUUGCAGACGGGUCAGAUCAUCCCAGUCUUGGUCAAGGCUGAGAUUGUUGAUGCGCCCACGACUACGUCGAGCAUUGUCUCGUUCACGCCCGAGGCAACUUGCAACUCGCCACCAGUAACAAGCAUCGCCGGCCAGGGUUGCAUUUGCACCGCGUCCGCCACGCCCACUCCGCAAUGA